AUUCAAGGGAGCUUGUUCUUAUUCCACUUCUUCUAUAAACCUAAAGGUUUAUAUACUAGUUAAAUAUCAGAUUGACUGGAUCAAUCUGAUCCUUAUACGGAAUUUAUUCCAUAUCUGAAGCUCCAUAUUUUACAUGGUCGAGCCUCGAUUCACAACACCUGGUACCUAUGCAUACCUGGCUCACUUGUACCCCCUUAUGAAGAACUGCUGUUUUUGAAGUGGCAUUUGGAGAUCACUUAAAGAGUUUGCAAGCUGCCAGCUAGUAUUCUAGUGCUAUAUGGAGCACUGAUGUCCUUUACUGAAUCUUAAACAUGUUCGCACAUGCUCCCAAUACUCUGCAGCUGGAGCUGAAGAGCUCUGAUGAAGAUAUCUACCGGAUUCAGGUGGCAUGGCCUUUAGCCUGGGACCACCCUAAGGGCCCUGACUAUAGUGCCUCGAUCAUUUACGUGCUUGAUGGCAAUGCGCUCUUCUUUACAACAACAGAAGCGUCCCGCCGUAGUGCAAUGCUGCCCACAAGUGAUAAUGCGAUUGUGGUAGGGAUUGGGUAUCCAGUUGAAGACAGUCCAUACAGCUCCCGAAGGCAUUAUGAUUUCACACCACCAUGCGAUAGCUACGUAGCGCCAUGCGGGAUUGAUGGCCGGCAACAAACUUCACCGCACGGCGGUGCAACGCGGUUUCUUGAAUUCAUAGUCGAUGUUGUGCGACCCACAUUGUUGUCAGAUGUUUUCUCUGGCCUAUGUGUGCAGAAAGAGAUCCUCAUGGGUCAUUCGCUGGGCGGGCUAUGCACACUACAUGCGCUGUUCGAGAGCACAACACCUUUUGAUACCUUCAUUGCCCUUAGUCCUUCAAUAUGGUGGAACAAUGAGUUUAUCCUAAAAGAUGCAGAGCGUUUCUUGAAGCAGCGUCUGGAUGGUGUAGAGUCUAAGCCACAUACGAUAUCGCCUACUCUGAUGAUUAUCUAUGGGAGCCUGGAGCAAGACCGACGGUGCCACCCAAGCUGGAGCGAGGAUAAAUGCCGGAAAGUGAAAGCUUUGUCGCAUGAAAGAAAAAUGAAAGACAAUGCCGAUGCACUAGCAAGUCAUCUGCGAGAAAGUGGCCAGUUGAGAAAGGUACGGGUAAAGGAAUAUCAAGAUGAGGACCAUGGGAGUGUGGUUGGUGGUGGUAUUAGUUGGGCAGUCGGCGCUAUCUUGGACGAUGGCAGAUUCUUUUCUGAUGGGGAUAAUUAA